CAGGGACUGGCAUGCCCUGUGCUCCACUUUCCCCGGGCCCACAGUGUGGCUGCCCCAGCAGAUCCCUUAGUUCAGCUCUUCUGGGAGCAGCUGAUGCAGCAGGAACUCUUGCACCCGCUCCCUUUGGCUCCCCUCCCUGCACAAAACUAAAUAUGUCCUUCCCACACAGCCGCUGAGCUCCACUGGCCCACAGCCCAUGAGCACUAAAUUGUCUUUCUGAUUCAAUUAAUCCAGCAGAAUUCCACUAGCCCAUUGCCCCCACCUCAUCCCAUGGAAGCCUAGGAUUCCUUGUUCCACCAAGACCCAAAGAGUACCAUCUUCCUUCACUGAAGCUUGCAGCAGAAGGCAUCUGCUGAGAGGGUCUGUUUCAGACACCAAGUACAUCUCAGGAAAAGCAGCAACAUUUUGCAAGGCUCAAGGAUUUCCAGUACAUCAGUGGCAGGCCAAGAAGGAGCACCUCUUCUACUGAUAUGAAAGGAAACUUCUAAGCCUUACCCCUGUACCAUUAACUGUUGUCCUCUACGAGAUCUGGAAAGCAUGAAGGCUGUAGCUCUCUUCAUUUGUCUUGUAGGACCAAUUUUUGCUAUUUCAACCCAUCCUGUAAACCACAAGCUCAGAACUCACAGACAGAAGACUCCAGAAAAGAGUGAAUAUAUUCACCCUGAAGCCUCAAAGGAAGAGAACACAGGGUAUUUAAACAAAGGUGAUUUUCUGCCCAGUCACAGAAGCUUAAAACCAGCGGUAUCAGUACCAGGCUCUGAAUACAGGGAUGAGCCCCAGACCAUUAGGAAACAAGGAAGAACUGGAAGCGAGCAUCAAGUGAAAAACAGCCUGAAAAGCAUUGAUUUCCUUGCACUGCACAAUAAACCAGGUUUGGCUUCUGAUAACCAGGACAGUGACUCUGGGAGCAGCGGCAGAGAGCAGUCCAGCUCUGAGCAUGACCAGCUCAGGAAGCAUGAGAAACAUGGGAACACGGCAAACCGACACCUUCCAGGCCAUGCAGAACACCUAGUGGGUGAUUUCAGCCUUCAUCAUGAGCAUAACAUGUGGAAAUAUAACAAAAAUGCUGUUGGCCUGCCUGAAAGAAACAGUGAAAGCGAUGAAGAGGCAAGUAUGGAAGAAGAGGACGAGGAAUGGGGUGAAGACACUGAUUACAGAGACAAAAAGCACAAAGGCCACCAGACACAUCAAGGUGACCAAUACAAAAGACAGCAACAUGAGAACAGCAUGCAAUCAGAUGAACUCCUGAGAGAUUCCAGCCAAGCAACCCGGAAAACCAAGAGACAUAGAGAGAAAUUUGACCUAGAGGAAGAAGAGAGGGAGAACAGCCAGAAGAAGUCCUAUAAAGAAGAAAUCCCCCUCUCUCAAAAAAACCAUAAUGAUGAUCAGGAUGGCAAACAGCAAAGUCAAGAGAGAAAAGACAAUAUUCAAGUGAACUAUCCGAGUGACCAUGACACAGUGGUGAAAAUACGAGAUAAGGAAGACCGUAAUGAUGAUGAUGGUCAUGACAGUGGUGACAUUGAUGGUGAGGAGUAUCUCAGCAACACCUGGAAAGAAGCAGCCUAUGAGGAAGAGGAGAGAAUCCAGAGUAAUGACCAGGAGAGCGUCAGUACCGAGCCUGAAGGGGAUGGAACCACUGAAGAUAACACUGCAGUUCAUAGAGAGACUGAGGAUUACCAAAUUGCCAAGAUUAAAGACCUUGCUCACUCUGAACAAGAUGAUUAUGAUCAUGAGCCACCUAAUUCUGACAACAAGCAACAACUGAAAAUGAGUAGCUCUGUUCAGAGCAUAAAUUCAAUGGACAGUGAAGAUAAGGUUAAGACUACAGGCAGUUCCCAUGGCAAGAUGGAAAGUGUCAGCAACAGGAAUGAGGAGGCUCCCCUUGGAUUGCUAGACCCAUGUCAUAACUUCCACUGCAAAAGAGGCAAAGUCUGCCAUGCAGACAAACAAGGGAAACCCCACUGCAUUUGCCAAGAUCCUGCUGCUUGUCCUCCCACCAAAGACUAUGAGCAUGUUUGUGGUACGGAUAACAAGACUUACAAUGGCAUAUGUCAACUCUUUGGCACCAAAUGUCAACUGGAAGGGACAAAAAUGGGCCGCCAGCUGCACCUAGACUAUAUGGGCUCCUGCAAAUACAUCCCGCCCUGUACUGAUUAUGAAGUGGAUCAGUUUCCCCUCCGGAUGCGAGACUGGCUUAAGAACAUCCUUGUCCAAUAUUAUGAACGUGACCUGAACACUUCUGGGAUUCUAACUGAAAAGCAAAGGAAUAAGGUCAAAAAGAUCUACCAGAAUGACAAGCGCCUUGUGGCUGGUGACCACCCAGUUGAGCUGCUCCUGCACGACUUUGAGAAAAAUUACCACAUGUAUGUGUAUCCUGUGCACUGGCAGUUUCACCAGCUUGAUCAGCACCCUGUUGACAGAUUAUUAACACACUCAGAGCUUGCACCUUUGAGAGCCUCCCUUGUUCCCAUGGAACACUGCAUAACCCGUUUCUUCCAAGAGUGUGAUGGAGACCAGGACAAACUCAUCGCUUUGAAGGAAUGGUGCCACUGCUUUGGGAUUAAGGAAGAGGACAUAAAUGAAAAUCUCCUAUUCUGAACCUGGCUGAACAGACUCCCAGUUCUGUACUAAAAUCAGUGAAUCCUGCUUACUUUUGUAAUUAACAGCUUCACAGCUUUCAAGAAAAAGAUGGAAUAAGGUUCACUGAGUUCUUAUCAAAUAACAAAAGUGCAGAAAAUUUCUACAUUCAUUAGCAGCAGCAAAGUUUAACUACUUCAAUUGGUUCAUAGCUAAACAACCAGUGUUUUCCCCCACAUGUACCCAUGAUCUCUCUGAACCAAUGAAUACUACUAACCCAAUGACUAAGCCGUUCACAAAACUCCUCAGUAGAAUUAUAGAAUGUAGAUUUUACUGCACACUGAAAUGGGACUUGUUUCCUUUAUUUACUGUAUUGUCAGCUUAACACUCUGCAGAGAAGUCUCAAAUAAAAUAGAAGUCUACUUGGAA